AUGCCUUUCGUAGAGAUUAGUAAUUCAAACGGCCCCGCACGGGUCAAUUACACCAUUUCAACGCCUACAAAUCCCUCGGCACCUUCCAUCGACCCCAGUCUGCCAACUCUUUUCUUCAUUCACCCAGUCUAUAUUCCACAGCAGAUAUUCCACCUGCAGUUCUCGAAUGCCUCCCUGCGAAGAUUCAACCUCGUAGCUAUGGACUCUCGACUUCAUGGUGACACCGUGGGCCCCGUUCCCAAGGACUAUAACCGGACAGACGCGGCUCGGGACAUUGCUUCAGUUAUGAACGCACUACAACUUCCACCAUGUCAUAUAGUCGGUCUGUCGAUGGGCGCAUGUGCGGGUCUGUCACUCGCUAUGGACUACCCGCAGCUCGUCCUGUCUCUUCUUAUGCUCUCACCUCUACCACUACGAGAGCCUCAAGACGUGGCCGAAGGUCGUCAGGAAGUCUACGACUGCUGGGCACAGGCAUACGAGAACCCUAACUACAUCGACGAAGAGGCACUCACCGAUGCGGUCUAUGGAGCUGUGCAGCUGGGCUUCAACAAUACGACACAUGGCAUAAUCUCCCCCCUGGUCUCGUCUGCCGUUCCUCAGGCGACUGGCAACUGGAGACGCGACAACCUCGACGAGGCAUACGACAUCCUUGUCGGUUUCUUCACCAAGCGCGAGCCCCACUGCCGCGAAAACUUGAUGAAAGUAAAAUGCCCCAUCCUCCUUAUCCAUAGCGGCGCGGAUAUCGCAUAUCCUUUGGAGUAUUUGGAAGAGCUGCAUGCGUCGCUCAAGGAUGCGAACGUCGAUGCGAGGAUAACGCAUAUUCCGAACAGCCCUCACUUCUCCUGCGUAACGCAUUCUAAGCAGUACGUCUCGCUUGCUUGCUGUCAUCGAGACACUGUACGAUUCUCAUACAUGCGUUGUCGACAGGUUUAA